AUGAAGGGCUUAGGAGACAACAGAAGCCGCCAUCUCUCCGAUAACCUGGACUCCCCUCAAGACUCUCUUUAUGCCCCCCAGGACAGGAACCCUUAUCUCCUCAGCCCCACCGACUCCUUCACCAUGGAUCCCCGAUUCCCAGCCCAGAACACCGUCCAUGGCGACUGUCUCCUUCCACUCAACAACCAGAUCUCCAACAGCAGCACUUUCCCCCGCAUCCAUUACAACUCCCACUUCGAGGUCCCGGAUGACAACCCUUUUCCAAGCCAUGCCCAAGCCACCAAGAUCAACCGCCUACCUGCCAACCUCCUCGACCAGUUUGAGAAGCAGCUGCCCAUCCACAGGGACGGCUUCAGCACCCUCCAGUUCCAGCGGAGCGACGCGAAGCACCGCAGCGAGAGCCCGGGGCGCAUCCGGCACCUCGUGCACUCCGUGCAGAAGCUCUUUGCCAAGUCCCAGUCUCUGGAGGGCCCCAGCAAGGGCAACGUGAACGGGAAGAAGGGGGCAGAUGAUGCCAAGCAAAACCGGAGGAGCAAGAGCAAGGACCGGGCAAAGACCUCCGAACCCAAGCGCAGGACCAGGUCCAACAUCUCCGGCUGGUGGAGCUCCGAUGACAACCUGGACAGCGACACCUGCAGCUACCGCAACCCCAUGGGGCUGAUGACGCUGGGCCGGCAGCCUGACCACAGCCAGCCAAAGUAUUUCAUGCACGCCUACAACACCAUCAGCGAGCACAUGCUGAAAUCCUCCAAGAGCAAUAACGACCUCAAGGUCACCCCUUGCACCAAUAUCCCCAUCAACAAUGACUCCAACUACAUCAAGCGGGGCUCCUGGUCCACGCUGACGCUCAGCCAUGCCCGGGAGGUGUGCCAGAAGGCCUCCGCCACCAUUGACAAAGCCUUGCUCAAAUCCAAGUCCUGCCACCAGGACUUGGCCUACCACUACCUGCAGCCUGACGCAGGGCUGUGGGCACAGCUGGGUGGCACGGGCCUGGCCAGCAGCUGGGCAGCCCCACCGCUUGGCUGGGAGGACACGGGUGCCCCGCGGAGCUGGGACCAGCCCCUCAGCCCCGGGCCGACCGACGCAGGCAGCGCCCAGGUGCCUCACGGGGAGUGGAACAACACGCUGUCCCGGGACAAGGACAGCGAGAUCCCGUGCCGGCGCAUGCGGAGCGGGAGUUACAUCAAAGCCAUGGGGGAUGAUGACAGCGAAGACUCAGAAACCAGCCCCAAACCAUCCCCGAAAACUGCAGCUCGGAGGCAGAGUUACCUCAAGGCCACCCAACAGUCCCUGAGUGAGCAGAGCACCACACAAAGGAGCCUGGACCGCCUGGACUCUGUUGAGAUCCUCCUACCUCCGAAGUUCCCGACCUGGGAGGAAGAAUACAACCAGAUCUCUGACAGUGUCAACGAGUCCAGCUGCAUCAACCAGAUCUUUGGACCCCCCUCACUUAUCCCUCAGAUAUUUACCCAUGGAGAGCAGGCACCCGAGCCGGAACUGGGGGAGCAGUACGAGCCCGUCUGCGACUCCACCUACAGCGAGGCCGAGUCGGCGGCUGCGGAGGUGCUGGACCUGCCUCUGCCCAGCUACUUCCGAUCCCGGAGCCACAGCUACCUCCGCGCUAUCCAGGCAGGCUGCUCCCAGGAGGACGACACGGGCUCCGUCCGCUCCAUCUCCCCGCCACCCACGGGCAGCCUCAGCGGCAGCAGGACCCUGCCCACCAACAGUUCAUCAUGCCUAGUGGCAUAUAAAAAGACUCCACCUCCCGUCCCACCUCGGACCACGUCCAAGCCAUUCAUCUCUGUCACUGUGCAGAGCAGCACUGAGUCGGCGCAGGACACCUACCUGGACAGCCAGGACCACAAGAGUGAGGUCACCAGCCAGUCGGGGCUCAGCAAUUCCUCAGACAGCUUGGACAGCACCAGGACACCCAGCGUGACCAGGGGCAGCAUCGUCACUCCAGCCAGAGACACUCCAGAGUUACCUCAGAAAAAUGCAACUUUGAAAAGUGACAAAGGGACUCUGACUAACGAAGAGCCUAAAGUGGAGAAUAUCCCCAAAAGAAAGCUAUCAUCUAUAGGAAUACAAGUUGACUGCCUUCAGCCAGUGGCAAAAGAGGAGCCUCCUCCACCAGCCACCAAAUUCCAGUCCAUCGGGGUACAGGUAGAGGACGAGUGGCGAAACAGCCACUCCCGCAGCAUGUCCUCCAAACAGGACACAGACUCUGACACGCAGGAGCCAAAUAACUCCAGCUGUAAAUCAUCUGAGAGAAGCCUCGCUGAGUGCCCCCAGCACAACAACUCUGUUGGUGUUGAUGCCUCCACCAGGCAACCAGCCAAGCCCUCACAGAUUAAGAGAAACCUCUCCUAUGGAGACAACAACGACCCGGCCCUGGAGCCUUCUUCUCUCCCUCCUCCUGACCCCUGGCUCGAGAGCUCCUCCACGUCGCCAUCGGAGCCGGCGCAGCCGGGGCCCUGCCGGCGGGAUGGCUUCUGGUUCCUGAAGCUGCUGCAGGCAGAGACCGAGCGCCUGGAGGGCUGGUGCCGCCAGAUGGACCAGGAGACCAAAGAGAACAAUCUCUCUGAGGAAGUCUUAGGAAAAGUCCUGAGUGCAGUGGGCAGUGCACAGUUACUAAUGUCACAGAAGUUCCAGCAAUUCCAUGGCCUCUGUGAACAAAACUUGAACCCUAAUGCCAAUCCCAGACCCACAGCCCAGGACUUGGCUGGAUUUUGGGAUCUCCUCCAGUUGUCCAUUGAAGACAUCAGCAUGAAGUUUGACGAGCUGUACCACCUCAAAGCUAAUAGCUGGCAAUUGUCUGAGACACUGGAGAGAAAGGAAGAGAAGAAACCACCCCCUCCAGUGCCAAAGAAGCCGGCCAAGUCCAAAUCGCAGCUGAGCCGGGACAAAGGCUCCGACUCGGACAAGCAGCGGCAGGAGGCGCGGAAGCGGCUGAUGGCGGCCAAGCGCGCAGCGUCCGUGCGGCAGAACUCGGCCACCGAGAGCGCUGACAGCAUCGAGAUCUACGUCCCCGAGGCCCAGACCCGCCUCUGAGCUUGGCCAUGGCCAGCCCGCGGCUUUUAUAAGUCAUUAAAUGGAAAAAAAAAGGUUCUCUUGAAACUAGUGUGAUUUAUUCAGUCUAGAGACAAUGAGCCAUCCUUGAAAAGGGCUCCUGAGUUGGCUUUUUUUCUCUCUCAGCUUUAAGUAAUGAAGAUUUUAACAAAAAAAAAACCACAAAAAAUA